UGGGAAAUUCGCGAAAUUGCGUUUUUCCGCGAAAUGAAAAUUCCAGAAAUUUAAGUGAACAUAAGUCUAUAGUAAAUUAAAAAUUUUCAUCAAUCAAUAAAAUCAAAUUAGAGAAAAUGACAAGUCUGUACUUCGAUAUAAGCCAAGAGCAAUGGCCAAUAGUAUAUGAUGACAAAUACAAUGUUUCGGUUUUUGGUCUCGAGAAGUUUCAUGUAUUUGACGCUAAAAAGUGGCGGAAUAUUGUUCAGUAUUUAAGGAAUGCACAACUUAUAACGGAUGAACGCCUAGUGAAGCCAAAAGAAGCGCAGAAGAGUGAUUUGCUUGUUGUCCAUACAAAGCGGUAUCUCAAAUCUUUGAAUUGGAGUGCAAGAGUGGCUAUAAUCGCAGAAGUACCACUUGUAUCUUUAUUACCAAAUUUCCUGGUUCAAUACGCUUAUUUAAAGCCGAUGAGGUUACAAACAGGUGGUUCAGUUCUUUGUGGUAAGCUGGCAUUGGAGCGUGGGUGGGCUAUCAAUGUGGGUGGUGGCUUCCACCACUGCAGUGCUCAAAAAGGCGAAGGUUUCUGUCCGUAUGCUGACAUAACGCUGCUGAUACGGUUCCUCAUGAUGAAUAACUUAAUAGAGACUGCUAUGAUUGUCGAUUUGGAUGCUCAUCAGGGAAAUGGUUACGAAAAGGAUUUCCUGGGUGUUCCCGAGGUAUACAUAAUGGAUAUAUACAAUAGAAAUAUUUUCCCGAAAGACAAAGAAGCGAAGAAGGCGAUACGAAGGAAAGUGGAACUCGGGAACCUGGUUGAGGACAUGGAAUAUAUGCUGAAAUUGCGAUUGAAUUUAAAAGCAGCCUUUAAUGAAUUCAAACCGGAUAUAGUUGUGUACAACGCGGGCACUGAUAUUUUGGACACAGAUCCGUUGGGACACAUGAGCAUAAGUGAAUGUGGGAUAAUAAAACGGGAUGAAUACGUAUUUGAGAUGUGUAAAGGUCUCCGCGUGCCCAUAGUCAUGUUGACGAGCGGCGGCUAUCUGAGGAGGACCGCGCGGAUCAUAGCCGAGUCGAUCAUUAACUUGCACGGGAAAGGCCUAAUAUACGGUAGCUGUAAAGAUAGUAAAUGGUAAAUGAAAUGUUGAAUGACGUUAUCGGAACGUGAGGGUACAGAGAGCUGUUAAGACUUGUGUAGUAGUGAAAUUGUUAUAGAAUAUUAUUAUUUUCCUACCUAAGCUGAUAGCCUUUUGAGAGGCUAUUUCAGCGUAACCUUAACUAGUAGGUGAGCUCACGGGGCUUAA